AUGUUGCAGUGUGUAGAGGGAUUCAUUACCUCCAUCUUGCGGUGUUGUGAUCUAGAUCUAUACAAACAAUCAAGAGGCCUUGAAGAUCCUGAGCUUCUUGCAAGGGAGACAGUCUUCAGUGUAAGUGAAAUAGAGGCAUUAUAUGAGCUCUUUAAGAAGAUCAGCAGCGCCGUGAUCGAUGACGGGCUGAUCAAUAAGGAGGAGUUUCAAUUAGCGUUGUUCAAGACAAACAAAAAGGAGAGCUUGUUUGCUGAUAGGGUAUUUGACUUGUUUGAUACAAAACACAAUGGGAUACUAGGUUUUGAAGAGUUUGCCCGUGCCCUCUCUGUUUUUCAUCCAAAUGCCCCCAUUGAUGAUAAGAUUGAGUUUUCUUUCCAACUUUACGAUCUAAAGCAGCAAGGUUUUAUUGAAAGACAGGAGGUCAAGCAAAUGGUAGUGGCUACUCUUGCCGAAUCUGGUAUGAACCUUUCAGAUGAUGUAAUAGAAAGUAUAAUUGACAAGACCUUUGAGGAAGCUGAUACAAAACAUGAUGGGAAGAUUGACAAGGAAGAGUGGAGAAGCCUUGUUUUACGCCAUCCAUCCCUUCUGAAGAAUAUGACACUUCAAUACCUCAAGGACAUCACGACUACAUUCCCCAGCUUUGUUUUCCACUCUCAAGUCGACGAUACCUGA